UGCCAGGCUGUCUGCCCUCCAGCCUCCCCUUCAGUCUUGCACAGGUGUACCGGCUCCUCCUCUCCAGUCUUGGACAGGUGUAUGGGCUCCUCCCCUUCAGUCUUGCACAGGUGUACCGGCUCCUCCCCUUCAGUCUUGCACAGGUGUACGGGCUCCUCCCCUUCAGUCUUGCACAGGUGUACCGGCUCCUCCCCUCCAGUCUUGCACAGGUGUGUACCGGCUCCUCCCCUUCAGUCUUGCACAGGUGUACCGGCUCCUCCCCUUCAGUCUUGCACAGGUGUACCGGCUCCUCCCCUUCAGUCUUGCACAGGUGUACUGGCUCCUCCUCUUCAGUCUUGCACAGGUGUACUGGCUCCUCCCCUUCAGUCUUGCACAGGUGUACUGGCUCCUCCCCUCCAGUCU